AUGCGAAGAAGCCUGAUUCAAGUCUCAAGACAGUGUUUUUCGUUUCCAGCACGCACAGUUUAUACAGGUUUUACCCUCUCAGCCAGAGAUACGCCAGAGAGACGCUUGCACAGUUCGAAAUUUAGAACUAUGAGUUCCGACCAAACACUACCUUUGGUGGAUCCCAAGACAGGGGAAAUCAUCAUCAACCCCUUGAAGGAAGAUGGUAGCGAGAAGAACGCUAAGGAGAUCGAAAAGGAGCGCAAAAAGGCGGAGAAAUUGCUGAAAUUUGCCGCUAAACAAGCCAAGAAAUCAGAGGCAGCCAGCAAGCAAAGCAGCGCGCCCAAGAAGGAGAAAAAAAAGAAGGAAGUAGAAGUGAUUCCAGAAUUUGUUGACAAGACUGUGGCCGGUGACAAGAAAAUUCUUGUGUCCCUUGACGACCCAGCAUUGAAAGCCUACAACCCCGUCAACGUCGAAAGCUCUUGGUACGACUGGUGGGUCAAGUCCGGGUUUUUCGAGCCAGAGUUCACCAAAGAUGGCCAGAUCAAGCCAGAGGGCGUUUUCAGCAUCCCAGCUCCACCCCCAAAUGUUACCGGUGCACUCCAUAUCGGACACGGUCUCACCAUUGCGAUCCAAGACUCUUUGAUUAGAUACAACAGAAUGAAGGGCAAGACUGUAUUGUUUUUGCCAGGUUUCGACCACGCUGGUAUCGCUACACAAUCUGUCGUUGAGAAGCAGGUCUGGGCCAAGGAACAGAAAACCAGACACGAUUACGGCAGAGAGGCUUUUGUCGACAAGAUCUGGGAGUGGAAAGAGGAAUACCAUAAGAAGAUCAAGAACCAGAUUAACAAAUUGGGGUCCUCUUACGACUGGUCGCGUGAAGCGUUUACUUUAAGUCCACAGUUGAGUAAAUCGGUCACAGAGGCUUUUGUCAAGCUGCACGAGGAAGGUGUCAUCUACCGUGCUUCGAGAUUGGUGAACUGGUCUGUCAAGCUGAAUACUGCUAUUUCAAAUUUGGAAGUGGAAAACAAGGACAUUAAAGCAAAGACUAUGCUGUCCGUUCCUGGCUACGACGAAAAAAUUGAAUUCGGUGUAUUGACAUCGUUUGCAUACCCUGUCGUUGGCUCGGACGAGAAAUUGAUCGUCGCUACUACCAGACCGGAAACCAUUUUUGGUGACACCGGUGUGGCUGUUCAUCCAGAAGAUCCCCGUUACAAACAUUUGCACGGAAAAUUUGUUCAACAUCCUUUUGUUGACAGAGAGAUUCCAAUCGUGUGCGACAACGAAGCGGUAGAUAUGGCUUUCGGUACUGGUGCCGUUAAAAUCACACCUGCUCAUGACCAAAAUGAUUACAACACCGGUAAACGUCACGAUUUGGAGUUCAUCAACAUCUUGACCGAUUCGGGUUUGUUGAACGACGAGUGUGGUCCAGAAUGGGCCGGGAUGAAGAGAUUUGAUGCCCGGUCGAAGGUCAUCGAAGCCUUGAAAGAGAAGGGUCUAUACGUUGGACAAGAAGGCAAUGAAAUGACUAUUCCAACGUGUUCAAGAUCCGGUGAUGUCAUCGAGCCUUUGCUGAAACCACAAUGGUGGGUUUCCCAAGGUGACAUGGCCAAGGAGGCAAUUAAAGCUGUGAAGGAUGGUAGAAUCACAAUUACCCCCAAGUCCUCGGAAGCUGAAUACUUCCAUUGGCUGGAGAAUAUCCAGGAUUGGUGUAUUUCGAGACAACUAUGGUGGGGCCACCGUUGUCCAGUUUACUUCGUUGAGGUUGAAGGGGAGGACCAUGAUGGCCUGGACGGUGAAUAUUGGGUCUCUGGUAGAACGGCUGAAGAAGCUCAGGAAAAAGCUUCCAAGAAGUUCCCUAAUGUGAAAUUCACUUUGAAGCAAGACGAGGACGUUUUGGACACAUGGUUUUCAUCCGGUCUAUGGCCAUUCUCUACCUUGGGCUGGCCAGAUCAGACAGCUGACCUCUCAAGGUUCUAUCCUUUCUCCAUGUUGGAAACUGGUUGGGAUAUCCUAUUUUUCUGGGUUUCUAGAAUGAUUUUGCUGGGGUUGAAAUUGACUGGCGAAAUUCCUUUCAAUGAAGUUUUCUGUCAUUCUCUAGUCCGUGACGCUCAAGGUCGUAAAAUGUCUAAAUCAUUGGGUAACGUUAUCGACCCUCUUGACGUUGUUACAGGUAUUAAAUUGGAAGACUUGCACGCUAAGCUACUCGCUGGUAACCUAGAUCCAAGAGAAAUUGAAAAAGCAAAGAAUGGUCAGAGAGAGUCUUAUCCAAAUGGUAUUCCCCAGUGUGGUACUGAUGCUCUUAGAUUCGCCCUGUGUGCCUACACCACUGGUGGCCGUGACAUUAACCUUGACAUCAUGCGUGUUGAAGGUUACAGAAAAUUCUGUAACAAAAUUUACCAAGCCACUAAAUUCGCUUUGAUGCGUCUAGGUGAUGACUACCAACCACCAGCCCAGGAAAAACUCUCCGGACAGGAAUCCUUGGUUGAGAAGUGGAUUCUCAACAAGAUGACACACUAUGCUAGAUCUGUGAAUGAGGCUCUGGACAAGCGUGAUUUCCUCACAUCCACGAGCGGUAUCUACGAAUUCUGGUACCUGAUUUGUGAUGUGUACAUUGAGAAUUCCAAGUACCUAAUUACUGAAGGCAGCGAAGUGGAGCAAAAAUCUGCUAAGGACACACUUUACAUUUUGAUUGACAACGCAUUGAAGUUGAUCCAUCCUUUCAUGCCUUUCAUCUCUGAAGAAAUGUGGCAGCGUUUACCAAAGCGUUCUUCUGAGACUUCCCCAACUAUCGUAAAGGCCUCAUAUCCAGUUUACAGAAAGGACUAUGACAAUGAAAAAGCUGGUAAAGAAUACGAAUUGAUCUUGGAUGCAAUUAAAGAAGCACGUUCGCUUCUAGCCCAAUACGGCAUUCUCAAAAACGGUAAAGUUUUCAUUGAAUCUUCAAAUUCCGAAUUUUUGGAAACAGCUCUUCAGCAAAAGGAUUCUAUUGUCUCUCUGAUCAAGGCUAUUGAUGAAGUCAAUGUUGUCAAGGCUUCUUCUGAGAUUCCUGAAGGUGCUGUUCUGCAAGCUGUGACUCCUGAAAUCAACGUUCACGUUUUGGUAAAAGGCCAUGUAGACAUUGAUGCCGAAAUCUUGAAGACGCAAUCUAAGCUUGAAAAGGCUCAGAAGACCAAGGAGAACAUCGACAAGACUAUCAACAGCCCCGAUUACGAAGCCAAAGCGAACGAGCAAGCGAAGGCUACCAACAACACGAGACUCCAGAAUACCACAGCUGAAAUUGAAGGUCUCGAAGCCACUAUUGCCAACCUAGAGCGUUUGAAGUUAUAG